AUGUCUGCGGAGGAAGGCUCUGCGCAGCCAUCUGCCGCGGGCAACGACAAAGCCCCGGCGCCCAAGGCUGCAGCCACCUUCAGUUCCUUCAUUAACAAGAACACGACGGGCAAGAAGUUUGCGCCCAAGGCUGUUGCGCGACGAAGACCGGGCGCCGCAGCAGCAGCAGCGGCGCCAGCGGCUCCAGUUCCCCCGCCCGCUGCGACGCAAGAACCUGAGUACCCGACUGCUUCUCAAAGCAUCUCAAGAAUACACGAAUCCUCAAUUGCGACUGAGGAACUAGGCCAUGUUCACGAACCAUCCCCCAUCGCUACGGAACCGCUUCCCACGCCUCCAUCCACCAUCGCAGACACACAACCACGUCAAGAGCAGGAAACCCAAAUUGACACCCAGACCUCGUUGGGUGCAGUCCACACUGCUGAAGAUGGGCUUGAAACUGGCAGAGCGCCCAAAAGGCGGCGCGUGGACCUACCUGCAUCGAAGGACCCCGCAACUACGCAGGUGUCAGUGAACGAAGGAGAAGACCAGAGUCCCACACAACCCAUGCAACAGGAACAAGAUGAUAGUACACAACAGCUCCCCCAAGAUCAAGAAUCUAUCAGCACCGAAGCAUUGGCAACAGCUACUGAAAUGUCAGGUCUGGCAGCGGAGACGACGGCUCCGCAGCCCCGACCAAGACGGACACUGCCCUGGGCAACUGUAAACCCCCCACAAGAUGAUGAUAACGAAGAGGCUGUUGCGCCUGCGCCAACCAAGAGAAGACUUGCCAGGACUCGAGGAAAGAAGAAGGUCACAGUAGACGAAGAUGCAGGAGAAGCAGAACAGCAGGAAGUCGACGAGGAGAACGACUCUCAAACCGUGCGAAAGCGACCUACCGCAAAAGCUCGAGGGAAGAGGAAAGCUGUCACAGCCAGUGCAGAGGACGGCGGCGAGACACAACCACCCCUGAAGAGACCGCGGAGACUCAGGAAAGCCAAAGCAGCCGAAGGUACUGGUACUGCCGAAGCAGCUGACGAGGAGGCUGAACCAGAAGAAGAUGGUGGUGAAGAAGUCGUUCUACCCCGCAAGCCACGCCAACCCAAGAGGAAGAAGAGGCAGACCACGGAGGGCGAGGGUGAAAAUGGGGAAGGUGCACAACCGAAACGAAAGGGACGACCGCCACGAGAACCCACACCGGAGGACGCAGAGGAACAAAUCAUCGACCCGCAAAUAACUUUCAUGGAUGGUCUAGCUUCCCGUAACAUCCGGGUUGGGAAGCUAUCGAGUCGUGAGAAGCAGAUGCGAGAGAUUGACUGGGCAGCUGUUAAGCAACGUCGACAGGAGGAAGAUGCUCGUCCGAUAAAGUCUAAAGAAGAGCAGGAGGCAGCCGAUACGGCUUUGAACGCAGCAGCUCUCAAUGCCCCACAAGAUUUGGGCCCUCGUUUCCAAACGGUCGACGGUGUUAUUCAGCUGGUGCCCAAUACAGGCACAGUCGAUCGAGAGGCCGACGCAGACCGCGAGAUUGCAGAUUAUGAAAUCAUCGAGGAUAGAGAUAUUACUUCUCGCAUAACGUCACGUAGUUUCAUGAAAAACAACAAGCGGUUUCCCAAUGAUUUUAUCCUACCUGGUCAGGGUAGACGCUGGAACACUGAAAGUACAGACUUGUUCUACCAAGGCCUAAAGUCGUUCGGGACUGAUUUCCAGAUGGUAUCCCAGAUGUUUCCUGGCUCUACUCGACGGUCCAUCAAGACAAAGUUCACACGCGAAGAGCGCGAAAAUCCUGAACGAGUGCGAGAAGCUCUCCAAGGUCAAAGCGAGAUUGCGUCUCACUGGGGUGUCUUCCUUGAAGCGUCACAGAGGCAAGAAGAGUCUUUCGCCGAUGCCGAUGAGAUUAAACGCCAACUCGCGGAAGACGAGGCACGCAUGCGGGCACUGAUUACAGCUGCGGCAGAAGAGACUAGGCAACGAAAUCUCCAGAAAGCGGCCGCUGGAGUGCUGGAUGACGAGAAUGGGGACGGCGAGAACGCCAACAAGGAAAACGGCAAGGGCAAGAAGAAGCGGGGUCAAAAGGGCAAGCAGGUCACAUUCCAGGAGGAACAGGGCGUAGAGAUCAUAGGCUCACUUGAGGACGAUCCAACCUGGGGGCAAUGA